GGAAAGCGCAACACAAUCCUUAACGCCCCCUUGUCUCUGCCCACGUCCCUACAGCAGAAACCGGCAAGCGACCCUACCUUGACUAACAGUGCAACGUCCCGUGUCCCCACGUCGCGCGCGCCAUGGACUUAGACAAGGAUAACGCCAACCCCACAAUCCUCAAUCCCUCAGACCUGCCGUCGCGCCGCAGGGAGAGCGCUGUCAAGAAGCAUGAAGCUACCGGUGUCGGCCUGUUCGAUGACCUGAUCCCCGCCUACACUUACCUAAACGAUCCCUUCUAUCACUCUUCGUCCGAGUCGGACGACGGCUCCGUCGAAGACAUUGACGAGCAGGAAAUCUACGACCUGAUUUCCUCCAUCUCUGAUCCGGAGCACCCUCUCUCUCUAGGCUCGCUCGCCGUUGUCAAUCUGCCAGACAUCCACAUUCUUCCUCCCUCGUCUCCCCGUUCUCCGAUCAGCACCGUCCUGGUGGAGAUCACGCCGACCAUCACGCACUGUUCGCUCGCUACGGUCAUUGGCCUGGGUGUGCGCGUGCGCCUUGAGCAGGCGUUGCCUCCGCGGUUCCGUCUUGAUGUCCGGAUCAAGAAGGGAACCCAUAGCACGGAUGAGGCUGUGAACAAGCAGCUCGGAGACAAGGAAAGGGUUGCUGCCGCCUUGGAGAACACCACUUUGAUGGGCGUUAUUAGGAAAAUGCUGUCUACCUGCGAGUAAACAAGUUACGGGUUAUGCUAAACGCUAUAAUGAUUUAUAUAAAAGGGAAGGGAUUACGAUUUGGACGUGCCGCAUCAGCAAUAACCGUAUUCAUCUACAGCAAUACUUCUGGCUGCCCUUGAAAGCGAGCCUGCAGAAGCUGAGACCGGACAUGAAAUCCAUGAAAGGGAACCGGGACGACAUUGAAGCUGAGCUGAAGAGGGUCCGAAAGCCGGCCAUUCAGAAGUUGGCUCGAGCAUAAUGCACAGGUGGAAGAAUGAGUAACAAGCGAAAGGCUGUCAGACAGUAUCAAAUGAAGAACCAAUAAAAAGCUGGCGGCG